AUGCCAGCGAGGCCUUCCACCAGCCUCCCACCUGGCGUUCUGGGGGGCAUUAUGGUGUCCCCGGGGGUGUUCCGGGAGGAGGAGCUGCCUGUAGGCAGCUUCCUCUCCUUUUUCAUCCCUGGAUAUCCUGGUGCAGCAAGUGUCCCCCAGUGGCAGCGGCUGUUUCCCCGGCGCUUUCUUUACACCCCCUCCCCCUGCCUGGUGCGCAAGAGAUUUCAGGAGCUCCCUUACAAAGUGGCACCUCUGAAGGCUUGCUGCUCGGUGUGGAAAGAGAGAAAGCUUGAAUUGCUGGGCUUAACAAGAAUCCUUGAAUAUGACCUCAUCCCAGGUCCCCUGAGACCCCAGAAGAAGAUGGUUCCAACAGGCAGCCAAGAAAAGAUACCCUUGAUGCCUCCUCCUGUUUCUCCUGUUUGUGAUGAAAGGAAAAGAAGCACCAUGCAGCAAGCUCAGGGCGGGGUAUCCUUUGAGGAGGUGGCUGUGUAUUUCACCCAGGGGGAGUGGGCCUUGCUGCACCCAGCCCAAAGAGUUCUGUACAAGGAAGUCAUGCUGGAGAAUUUUGGGAACGUGACCUCUCUGGGAGAUGUUUGGGAGUCAGCGAGCAAAGGAAAAGAUCACCCCUUGAGGGAGAAAGCUGAUAUGUAUUCAGACAUGAAAGAGAAGGUUGAACAUUAUGAUGCUCUGAGGAAGAAGGAGGAAAAACAUUCACAUAAAGGGAGGAAUAAUUCCAGUCUUUUACAGGGCGACCACUCUCUACAGGAAAAAAUAUACCAAGGAGGCAAGAGGAGUGAGUGCAUUGCAAGGACAGGAAAUUUUACUGAAAAAUCAGUUAUUAAAAUUCAACAAAACACCUGUACCAGAAAAAAAGUAUAUAAAUGCCUGGAGUGUGGGAAAAGCUUCCGACUGAGUGGAAAACUUGCCAUCCAUCAAAGAAUUCAUACAGGGGAGAAACCAUAUAAAUGCAUGGAGUGUGGGAAAAGCUUCAGUCGUAAUGAUAGACUUACUUCCCAUCAAAGAAUUCACACAAGGGAAGAACCAUAUAAAUGCCUGGAGUGUGGGAAAAGCUUCAGUAGGAGUGCAGACCUUACUUCCCAUCAAAUAAUUCACAGUGGGGGCAAACCAUAUACAUGUUUGGAGUGUAAGAAAAGCUUUAGGAAGAGUGGAUACCUAACUGUCCAUCAAAGGAUUCAUACAGGGGAGAAACCAUAUAAAUGCCUGGUGUGUGGAAAGAGUUUCAGUGAACGUCGAACCCUUACUGUCCAUCAAAGAAUUCACACAGGGGAGAAACCAUAUUCAUGCCUGGAGUGUGGGAAGAGCUUCAGAAGGAGUGGACACCUAAUUUCCCAUCAAAGAAUUCACACAGGGGAGAAACCAUAUAAAUGCAUGGAGUGUGGGAAAAGCUUCAGUCGGAAUGGUAGUCUUACUUCCCAUCAAAGACAUCAAAGAAUUCACACAGGGGAGAAACCAUAUAAAUGCAUGGAGUGUGGGAAAAGCUUCAGUCGGAAUGAUAGUCUUACUUCCCAUCAAAGAAUUCACACAAGGGAAGAACCAUAUAAAUGCCUGGAGUGUGGGAAAAGCUUCAGAUAUAAUCGCAGUCUUACUUCCCAUCAAAGAAUUCACACAGGGGAGAAACCAUAUUCAUGCCUGGAGUGUGGGAAAAGUUUCAGUCGUAAUGGCACUCUUACUAUCCAUCAAAGAAUUCACACAGAAAAACCACAUAAAUGUCUGGAGUGUGGGAAAAGCUUCAGUAAUAAUGCAAAACUUUCUUCCCAUCAAAGGAUUCACACAGGGGAGAAACCAUAUCAGUGCCUGGAGUGUGGGAAAAGCUUCAGAAAUAAUCGCAGACUUACUUCCCAUCAAAGAAUUCACACAGGGGAGAAACCAUAUAAAUGCAUGGAGUGUGGGGAAAGCUUCCGUUGGAAUGACAGUCUUACUUCCCAUCAAAUAAUUCACACAGGGGAGAAACCUUAUAAGUGCCUGGAGUGUGGGAAAAGUUUCAGUCGUAAUGGCACUCUUACUAUCCAUCAAAGAAUUCAUACAGGGGAAAAACCAUAUAAAUGCCUGGAGUGUGGGAAAAGCUUCAGAAAUAAUCGCAGACUUACUUCCCAUCAAAGAAUUCACACAGGGGAGAAACCAUAUCAAUGCCUGGAGUGUGGGGAAAGCUUCCGUCGGAAUGACAGUCUUACUUCCCAUCAAAUAAUUCACACAGGGGAGAAACCUUAUAAGUGCCUGGAGUGUGGGAAAAGUUUUAGUCGUAAUGGCACUCUUACUAUCCAUCAAAGAAUUCACACAGAGAAACCACAUAAAUGUCUGGAGUGUGGGAAAAGCUUCAGUAAUAAUGCAAAACUUUCUUCCCAUCAAAGGAUUCACACAGGGGAGAAAUCAUAUAAGUGCCUGGAGUGUGGGAAAAGCUUCAGUCGGAAUGACAGUCUUACUUCCCAUCAAAGAAUUCAUACAGGGGAAAAACCAUAUAAAUGCCUGGAGUGUGGGAAAAGCUUCAGUCAUAAUGGGAGUCUUACUUCCCAUCAAAGGAUUCACACAGGGGAAAAACCAUAUCCAUGUCUGGAUUGUGGGAAAAACUUCAGGCGGAGAGAUAGUCUUACUUCCCAUCAAAGAAUUCACAUGGAGGAGAAACCAUAUCAAUGCCUGGAGUGUGGGAAAAGGUUCAGUUCGAAUAAUGGUCUUACUUACCAUCAAAGAGUUCACACAGGGGAGAAACCAUAUACCUGCCUGGAGUGUGGGAAAAGCUUAAGUAGUAACGUAAAACUUUCUUCCCAUCAAAGGAUUCACACAGGAGAGAAACCAUAUACAUGCCUAGAGUGUGGGAAAAGCUUCCGUGACAGUGGACAACUUAGUACCCAUCAAAAAAUUCACACAGGAGGAACCAUAUAA